CGCCAAAGACUACACCGAACUGCCUCUCCGGGCAUUGACGCUGCUGCGAGAGUGAGACGGCCGAAGCAGCUCCCGAAGCUGACCGUGCCAUUCGACAUGUCGUCAGGAACAUUGAGUGCCUUGACGGCCUCGCUGAAGGCCAAUUUCUCCGCCCCGACGACGCCCUACCCAUUGCCCGAGGACCUCCAGCAGACUAUCGAGGCCUUCUUGGAGCACUACCACGACAUCAGCGACCACGACUCGCAGCGACUGCAGGAUGAGCUGCUCCCGCUCUACAAGAAAAACGUCGCCGACGCUCCCGAGAAGCAUGGUCCGUUUCUCGGCGCCCUGCGACUGCUGCAACCAGCCAUACGCGGAGAAAGCCGGCUGGAGGAAUGGUGGACGCUGGCAAUACGGCCUACGAUUGACGCGUUGGGACACAAGCGGGACGAGAUUGAGGAUGCGCGGUCAUUCCUGCAGGAACUGUUAGUAUUCGACGCCGACGACGAUAAGGAUGGGGAGAGGUCACGUGUGUCUGCACACUUCACCAUGAAGCUGCUGGAUGCGUAUCUUGCGCGCACCAAGAUACCGUCUGCGGACGAGGACUGCGUAUCGCCGGAAGACGAAUUCAUUGCUCACGAGCUCGAAUCUCAAGUGGUGGCAUUCGGACGGAGGAAGCCGAAGGAGCUUCUUGUCGCGCUCGAUGCAUUGUUUGUAAAGAAAGAUACCCGCGCCCAGGCUCUGAACCUCCUAAGCGCGUUUGUGCGCGUUCAGCCACCCCAUCUAUACCUUGUCCUUGAGACACAACUUAUGCAACACCUGGAGACCUGCCUCAUGGUCGACACCUCCGCGACCGUAAUUGAACUGGCUCUGACGGUUCUUAUCAUGUUUCUACCGCACAUCACGAGCUUGCUCACCACCGACCUGCACCUCAGCAAAUUGUUCUUAAUCUACAGCCGGCUCCUCUGUUGGGACCAGUUCGAGAAAGCUGAGCCAGAACAGAAAAAGAAGGAAGAUGCUACCGGGAUAGAGAAGGCGGUGCCCCGGCUACCUGAAGAGACCAUUACAGUUCUCUGCAGGGCCAGCGACAUACUGUCGUCGUCUGCGAGCGGCCUUCUCCAAAGCUCGCAUGAGGCCGAGCCUGGAUGGGAGAAGAUGGAUCGAUCGUUCGACUCCACAGAGAGCACCGCCCCCGGCUUGCUGCACUACUUCACCUUCCUGUACGGGCUCUUCCCUCUCAACUUCAUGAGUUAUAUUAGGAAACCUCGGAAGUACCUCAAGACUGUCGAAUUCCCGGGCGCGGACGACUUUGAGUUCGACCAGGAUCUAAUUCGGAGUCGGACUGACCCGUUUCGGCAGGUGCAUCUUUUGCACCCCAACAUGUUCAACACCACGCCAGAGGACGAGCUCAGCGACAACCGAUGGCUGAAGAGCGAUCCCGCCGACGUGGUUACUGAGUGCAUGGAGCUCUGUGUAGCUGUCUCGUCGUCACUGGAUGAUCCUGGCCCACCGCCUACCUCGAAAUUACCUGACCUUCCGCCCCAACUACCCGAUAUCCCGGCGCCGCUGAACGUGACUUCUCGCAACGAGGACGUGCCUCAGAGUGGAAUAUUCAUCCUCGACGACGAUGGUACAAUGAUGAAGGACGAGCCUAGCACAAGCUGGCGAAACACUCAAUCGACAAUGUUCUCGCCGUCUGGUAACGAGGAGUCCGAUGAACCCGAGCUGCCAUCACGAAAGUCCUUCAUCAGCGCGAACAAAUCGUCGAUUCCACCCUCACCAAUUCUCAAGCCUCGCGAUGUCGGUGACAGCCCCACAUUGCCUCCUCUGAGCAGUAUUAGUGACUGGGAGAACAAGACGGGGUUGAAGAAGAAGCCAUCUCGAGAUCUUCGCAAAGGCGGCACCAUCUCUGCUCCUCAUAGCGCUACUCCGCCCUCGCCUAGAUUGGAAAAUUUUGCACAAACCUUGACGCAGACCCAGUUGUCGACGUCUCCAUCGCGUGGUGAUGUCCAAGGCCAGAGCGUUGCGUCUCUGCAGCGUGAGAUUAUGCUACUGAAAAAUGACCUGAACUUUGAGCGAUACCUAAAACUGCAGCACUUAUCUCACAUUGGCCAAUUACAGCGAAAGCACAUCAAAGAAGCGACUGCCGAAGCAGAAACUCAAAACCUAAUCAACAGCAACAGGACGUUGAAGGCGAAGCUCGCAAAAGCAAAUGAAUUGUACACGCAGCUUAAGAAAGAGACGCAGACAGGGCGAAGCCAGUCGAAGAAAUGGGAAAGUGAACUCAGCUCGAAAGUUCGUUCUUACAGGGAAGAGUCCAAGACUUGGCAUUCCGACGAGGAGUCCAUGCGAGUGGAUAUUCAGAAGGCACAGAAAGACUGUGAUCGAUUGCGAAGACUAGUAGUCGAAAGUGAGGCACGAGAGUUCCACGCCAAGCAAAAACUAAAGUCGAUGGAGCUGGAUCUCGAACAGCUAGAGAAUCUGCAGCGAGAGGUGGACGCCUUAAAAGAAAAGGUACAAAAACUGCAAGGGGUCAAUGCCGAAUUAGAGCCGACCAGGAUGGAACGCGAUAGCCUGCGUAGCGAUCUCGAAAUUGCCAACUUGAAGCUGAAUAGUAGGGACGUAGAGCGGGAGCGGACGAGAAAGACGUUCGAACGCAGGAUUUUGGACCUUGAAAAUAGACUUCAAACAGCACAGGCACAAGGACAAGGAGCUACUCAACCAGGCCAACUUCCAAGAUCCGUGCAGCAGAUGCUUGACUCGACAAUGGCUGCGAGCAAUGCCAAGAUGGACAAGCUGAAAAAGACACACUACCGCCUACUAGACCAGUACACCGAGUUAGAAAUGCGCCUCCACGAGCUUGAAGGAGAGAACCAGGCCCAGGUGGGACGCAUGAACUCAAUGAGCUCGCGAGGACAAUCUAGCAUGACGAACAUCAAAGAAGACGCUCCAUAUCAAUAUCUCAAUCGCCAGGCCGCCGCCCCGGUUAGCAACACGGCGAAUCCACGCUACACGCGUCCUUUAGUGACAGACCACCCUCAACAGUACGACUAUUAUAACGAAUACAACUCCCCAAAUUCGACCAGCAGCCCCGCAAACUACAACUACCCCGCCCGGCCUGUACGCCUUGAGUCACUGCAACAAGAAAAGCACGGCAAAGAUCCGAUCACACCGACUCAGGACCUAUCCGCCGCAUAUGAGACCUCUCUGAACGCCUCCUUCCAAUCUCCCAACAAGCCCGAGACAGUACACUCGAGCAGCAAGAGCAGCUGGUCCGUUGAAACCGGCAGCAGCGCCGAGCGGAGAAAGGCUAAAGUUGCGCCGAAAUCGGAUGUACGGGUUUACGGCCGUGGCGGUGCACAAAACGUCGGAAAGAAAAUCAAAGACAAGGCCGAAAAGGCCGAGAAGAAGGACAAAGCGCCUAAGACUGGCGGUUUCCGCGGCUUAAAGGGGAUCAUGUAGAUGUGUUACUUCCUAUCUCAACAUCUCUGGUCCUUUUUUUCUUUUCUCAUUCUUGGAUCCGCGAAGUUUGAUUCCGAGCUUCUCUUUUCUGAUCAAAUGGAUUUUUUCCUUUGUUCU